AUGGAGGCGUUGGACAGACAGUACGUUCCUACUCAGUACGUAAAGGUCGUAAAGGUACUUCGAGAGUUAUAUAGUAAAUUCGCAACCGGAACUUUGCCAUUCCAAAAGAACAUCAUCAUCGAAGUGAAGAGAAGAGUCCGACAGGGUGACACAAUCUUGUCUAAAAUAUUCACGGCCACUCUCAAGAACGCAAUGCGAGAUCUGGAAUGGGGCAACGUAGGAGUGAAAAUUGAUGGUUAA